CUGCACCGCACACUGUGUUGUCGAGGUCGCAUUCAUCAUUAGGACUGAUGCUACUACAACCUCUGAAAUCAACCUUCAUUUAAAGAGCUGGUGCUGAUGUUUCAUCAGUUUUGCUAAAAAAGGUUCACAAAAACCUUUGCAAUCAUCAACAUCUUUACAAUGCUAGAGGUUUUGAAGACAACAUAGACUGUCCCUUGCGACUGCAACUGUUCAUGUUGGACCUGUAAAAAUCAACUGUUGGGACAUGUUGACAUCUGUGACAUCCAGGCAGUUCAUCCCAAAACCGGACUCUGGUUCCCAUUUGGAAAGGAGUUCAGUUUUUCUCAAGUAAACAGGACCUAUUUCAACAACAGAAAACGGAGCUCUAAUGUUGUAUCCAUCACACUUGGAGUGGAGCCAUCUGAACGCCACACUAAGACCUCAGAGCAGUCAGGACUGUGUGCGGAUUGAUGUUUCUAUGUAGUGUGUGUGCGAGUGCAGUGCAACCUUGGAUCCACAGUGGAACCACAAUCCGCCCGGGCGCCAAGCCUUCGGGCCGGAGACGCUCCAAACCAGCAACUACUCUCUGGUGUUACUGAUUCAGCUCAGCCUACUCUCUUUCGACCUGUUUGUCAACUCCUUCAGCGAGCUGCUGAGGGCUGAACCGGCUGUCCAGCUGGUACUUUUCAUUAUCCAGGACAUUGCCAUCCUGUUCAACCUGAUCAUCGUUCUGUUGAUGCUGUUUAACACCUUCGUGUUCCAGGUCGGCUUGGUCGCCAUAUUACUGGAGCGGUUUAGAGCUCUGUUAAUGCUCUCUGCUCUCUAUCUGACCUUCAGUAUCAUACUCCAUUCCUGGCUCAUGAAUCUGCGAUGGCUCAAUACCAACAGAUAUGUUUGGACAGACGGCCUUCAGGUGUUGUUUGUUUUCCAAAGAACAGCUUCUGUGCUGUACUACUACUUGUACAAGAGGACCUCAGAGUACCUGGGUGACCCUCGCCUCUAUGAGGAUUCGCCGUGGCUGCGAGAAGUCUUUGCUCGGGUCAGACAGUGACUACAUGAUGCCGCAGAGGCCAGGACUAG